AUGAGGUCUUUUCUUGGGAGUUAUCAAUUCGUCUCGUUCCUCUUCUUGUACUUGUAUUCUCAGGCUUACAUUUCGUCUUGUUUUACUUCUUCAAUGCAAAGGCCAACAUGGUCUCACAAUGAGGGUCAGGCUUUACUUCUCUUCAAGCAGACCCUCUUUAUUGAUUAUACUGCUUCGUUACUUUGCAAUUCAAAUUAUGGCAGUCCUACGAAUUCUUUUCCGAAGACAGACUCAUGGAAGGAAGAUUCAGAUUUCUGUUUAUGGGAUGGAGUCACUUGCGAUGGCGUUACAGAUCAUGUGAUUGGCCUUGAUCUUAGUUGCAGUUGGCUUUAUGGUACCAUUCCUUCCAACAGCACUCUUUUUCUCCUUCAACACUUGAAGAGGCUCAAUCUCGCAUUUAACAAUUUCGGGGAAUCCAAGAUUUCGGCCAAGUUUGGUCAGUUCCCAAAUUUAACACAUCUUAACCUCUCUAGUUCAUUUUUUUCAGGCCAAGUUCCGUCCGAAAUCUCAUAUCUUUCUAAGCUAGUUUCACUUGAUCUGUCUACGUUCAGUCUACCUCCUGUCGGUGAACAAGAACCGUUUCAAGAACUGAUGCUUGAAACAACAACUCUGAAAAGGUUAGCUCAGAACUUUAGCGAGGUAGAAGAACUUUUCCUUGCUGGAAUAGACAUGUGUUCAGUUGACGCUGUUCACUUAGUGAACCUUUCUUCCUCUUUGACAUCUCUUAGUCUGGAUGAUUGUGGAUUAAAUGGGACAAUUUCGGACAGAAUUUUUCAAUUUCCAAAUCUGAAGUUGCUCAAAUUAGGUAACAACCCUGAACUUGUGGUUUAUCUUCCAAAGUCCAAUGGGAGUAGUGCCCUUGAAGUCUUAGAUCUUAAACAGACUAUUCUUGUUGGAGAAUUGUCCGAUUCAAUCAGGGGUUUGAAGUCAUUGAAAUCUUUAAAUGUUGCUAGUUGUGACUUGAAUGGGUCAAUCCCGGCAUCACUUGUAAACCUUUCACAAAUUGUUGUCCUAGAGCUCUCGGAUAAUAAGUUUAGUGGAUGGAUCCCAGCAUCACUUGCAAACCUCACACAGCUUCAACAUUUAGACGCAUCAUAUAAUGAACUAGAGGGCACUAUUCCUCAUUAUGCAAAUGGGUUUUCAAAAUUAGUAACUUUAUUCUUGCCUUCUAACUUACUUAAUGGAACUAUACCACCUUGGGUGUUUAAGUUACCUUCAUUACAGUUAUUGUCUCUUGCAAAUAAUAGACUCACCGGUCAUAUUAGCGAAUUCCGGUCAAAAUCUUUGUCCAUAAUCUAUUUAAAAAAUAACAUGUUGCAGGGUCAUAUUCCAAGCUCAAUCUUUCAACUUGUAAACCUCACCGUGCUUGAUCUAUCAUUAAAUAACUUUAGUGGCAUUGUUGAGUUAGACAUGUUUUCGCAGCUCCAAAAUCUUGAAUCACUCGAUCUUUCUCUUAAUAGUCUGUCAUUGAGCUCAGAGAAUCAUGUCGACUACACAUUGACCAAACUCCAGUCCUUGUCAUUGUCGUCUUGUAACUUGAGUGAAUUCCCCAAUUUCUUGAGAGGUUCAAAAGUGUUGAAGUUUUUAGACCUUUCCAAAAAUAGAAUUCAAGGCCAGAUUCCCAAAUGGAUGUGGAAAGUGGGGAAGGAAUCUUUGUUACAUUUAUACCUUGAUCAUAAUUUCCUAACAGGUCAUUUGCAAUUCCCAUGGAGGAAUGUUGUAAUUCUCUACCUCCAAUCUAACCUGUUUCAAGGAGUGCUUCCAAUUCCACCCGUUCGGACAUCUUUCUUUUCCAUCGCGAACAAUUACAUGACGGGGGAGAUUCCUUCUUUGAUUUGCAUGGUCAGUUCCCUGAAAAUUGUUGAUGUAUCACAUAACAAUUUGAGUGGCAAGAUUCCCAGUUGUCUUCUUAACUUUAGUCAAAAUCUUUUAGUGUUGGAUCUGAGGGCAAAUAAUUUUCAUGGAGCCAUCCCCAAAUCAAUUGUGGAACCCUGUAGCUUAGAGAAUCUCAACUUCCAUGGAAACCAAAUUGAAGGGUUGUUACCAGGAUCUUUGGCCAAUUGUAGGAACCUUCAGGUUCUAGACCUUGGCAAGAACAAGUUCACGGGUACAUUUCCCAAUUGGUUGGAAACUCUUCCAAUGCUGCAGGUGCUUGUUUUAAGUUCAAAUAAAUUCCAUGGUGUUGUAAAUAAUUCCAGAGCAAGACUACUUUUUCCCAAGCUGCGAGUCUUAGACCUCUCUAACAAUGAUUUUGUUGGUCCUUUUCCUGCUUGUUACAUUGAAAAUCUAAAAGCUAUGGCGAAUCUCACUGACAGCAGAAGUUCUUCAAAAUACGUGGAAGGAAGCCGCUCAUAUGAUUAUUCAGUAGUUCUGACAAUAAAAGGACAAGAGGUUGAAUUGGUGAAAGUUUUAACCAUAUUCACAAGCAUGGAUCUCUCCAAUAACUACUUCCAGGGCGUGAUUCCAGAAGUUAUAGGAAAGCUUAAUUCACUCAUAGGGCUUAAUCUUUCUCAUAACAACUUCUUUGGUCAUAUUCCACCAUCCAUUGGAAACUUGAUUAAUCUUGAAUGGUUAGAUCUCUCAUCGAACAAGUUUAUUGGCAACAUACCUCAGGAAUUGGUGAAUUUGACGUUUCUUGUCAUUUUAAAUCUGUCCAAAAAUCAACUUGUUGGAUCUAUACCUCAAGGCAAACAAUUCAACACUUUUGAAAACAGUUCAUAUGAAGGAAACGUUGGGUUAUGUGGCUUUCCACUGUCGAAAGCUUGCAAUGAAAUCGGGAUGCAGAAGCCCACCAUAGCGAUGAAAGAAUCAGGAAUUGGAUUUGGGUGGAAAGUUGUGUUGAUGGGGUAUGGAUGUGGUUUGAUAUUUGGACUGACUGGUGGAUAUCUUAUCUUUCAAACAGGAAAACCAAAAUGGAUUAUCAAUUUGGUCGAGGGAAAACAGCUUCAAAGGGGAAAAAGAUCAAGGAAGUAA